UAGCCGCUUUGCACUGCAGGGCAAACAUGAUCUGGCUAUAGACCUGUUUAGAUAGGCAUGGUUUACUGUACUUGCUGAAAUUUCCAGUGCCCCUUGACUCACGUGUCCGACUAGUUCCUCUUAGUUGAACUUGGCUGCUUAUGUGCAUGGCCUGUUGUAGCCAGAAUUGCUCCCUGGGUGUACCCUGAAUGUUGACAAGUAUGAGCUUGUGGUAAGAAUGACGAUGUAAGUAUUGUUUGAAUACUGUUUUGAUGACUCGCGCGAAUAUUUGUGGCAUUCAAAAGUCGGCCAUCUUAUCUUGCGUGUUUUGAAAGUCCAAAGUUUUGGCCCAAAUAAAUACUAAUCACAAAUGGUUAACAUCACUAAAGGACGAGAACCUAUGCCACACAAGUACACGGACAAUUAAUUUUAAACUACCGUUAAAAAAAAACAGUUGAACAUACGUGCAUCAAAUACAUACAGGUUUUUUUUCAACAGAAUGUGCACAAAAUUGUGGCAAUGAGAGGAACUCACUACAUUUCAAGUCAAAACUAAGUCAUUUUAUGGUAAUUAACUUCAAGUACAUGUAUAUGACACAUUCUAACGAGGUAAUAGAAUUCUUCACAUUUUACCAUUAUUCCAUGGAUUAAGAUGAAUCACAAGAUUGGCAAGUUCACUCUUUUGAAAGUCUUGAUCACGCAUCACCCUUCAUAUCGGCAUGGCAUGAGUAAAAGUACCUGAUACAAGAAAACGGGCUCUGUGCUUCUUGCACAAACCAAAGAUCGCAUGAUAGACAUCAAGAGAAAUGCUGCUUUAGCUAGGAUGAGAAAUUUGGACCACACACUGCUGGCUCCAUCGGAGGUCAGUGCCAUCGUUCCCUGGGUGAAAACUGACGAUCUUGAAGGAGCAAUGUACCUGCCCGGGGAUGGUAUGACAGACCCUACCAACACCGCACUGUCUCUUGCAAGAGGUGCCAAGAAUAGAGGUGUCAAGAUUUUGGAAGGAGUCCAAGUCAAGGGCGUGCUGUCAGAGAAUGGGAAGGUCUCUCAAGUUCAGACAUCCCUGGGUGAUAUCAAAUGUGAAUACUUUGUGAAUGCGGCCGGACAGUGGGGACGAGAUGUAGGUCUGAUGAGCCAGCCGGAAGUCAACGUUCCAAUGCACUCUACUGCACACGGAUAUCUGAUCACCAAAUCACUACCUGGGCUUGAUGUCAAAACUCCAUAUGUCCGUGACCUAGACAGCUUCAAUUUAAUCCGCGAGUGGAGCGGUGGUCUCAUGUGCUGUUUCUGUGCCCCAAAGGCAGUGCCCAUCUUCCAUGAAGGCAUCCCUGAGAAUUCUGAGUUUUUGUCUCUCCCAGACAACUUUGAUCUUUUCAAGUUUCACAUGGAAGGUUUUCUCCACCGAGUCCCAGCUGGGGAUAAAAUGGAAGUGCAACAGCUGUUUAGCGGGCCCGAAUGCUUCACCCCGGACCAGAUGUUCAUUUUUGGUGAAGCUGCCGAAAUGAGGAACUACUAUCUCAUGACAGGGAUUAGCACCAUUGGUGUCACCAUGUCUGGUGGCUUGGGUCAGCUCUUGGCCGAGCUGAUCGUUCAUGGCGAGACUUCCCUGGGGUACUGGCCAGUCAACCCUCAGCGCUUCUCACCCAAGCAGAACAACAAGGCAUUUCUGAGAGAGAGAGUUACAGAAGUAGAAGGAACCCACUUCAAGAUUGGCUACCCUCACAUGCAGUACAAGACAGGGAGAAAUUUGCGUUGUACGGCACUGCACGACCAGCUCCGCCAGGCGAAGGCAGUCUUUGCAGAGUGCAUGGGUCUGGAGAUACCGCAGGUGUAUGCCGGCGAGGGCGCCAGCGAGGCACUUGUCGAAGCUAUUCAGCGAGGGACGUUUUACAAGCCAGGCUGGUUUGAUAUGGUCAAGGCCGAGUACCGUGCUUGCCGUGAAUCUGUGGGUGUGAUCGACGUGUCAUCUGUAACAAAAUUUGAGUUAGAGGGUGAGACGGUUACGUCCCUACUCCAGAUGCUAUGUCUCAAUGAUGUGGACAUUCCUGUGGGCACUGUAGUGCAUUCUGGGAUGCUUAGUGAGAAGGGCAGUUAUGAGGUCCAUUGUGAUAUAGUUCGCCUGGAUGACCACAGGUAUUUCCUGAUAUGUCCCACAAUCCAGCAAGUCAAAGGAUAUCACUGGAUUGCCAGACACCUUCCUAAAGAUGGCUCGGUCAAGCUACAGGAUGUGACCAGUCAGUACACCGGUCUGAAUGUCCUAGGACCAAAGGCCAGAGAUGUCCUACAGAAGUUGACCAUCACACCGCUGAGUGCCGCCAGCUUCAAGCCGUUCUGUCACAAGGAGCUAAGCCUUGGUUUUGCAUCCGGAGUUCAUGCCAUGACCGUAACAGACACGGGUGAAGAUGGAAUGGUGCUUUUUAUUCCCAAUGAGUCAGUGUGGCAGGUGUAUGGCAAACUAAUCAGUUCUGGAAGAGAGUAUGGUAUACGCCUCGUUGGCCACUAUGCCCUAAGGUGGCUUAGGUUGGAGCAGUUUUACCCAACCUGGGGUGUUGACUUUAACAACGAACACACCCCAUUGGAAAUCGGGAAAGAGAUAGCUGCAAAAUUUGACAAGGGAGUGGAAUUCAUAGGUCAGUCGGCGUUGCUAAGACAACAACAAGAGCGCAUCCAUCGCCAACUGACGGCCUUCAUCUUAGAGGACCACAAAGUGGACCGUGACCUGUGGUGUUGGGGUGGGGAACCCAUCUACCGCAACGGUCAGCCGGCCGGAACGACCACGUCCAGCAGCUUUAGCCCCACCCUGGGAUCCAUGCUGUGUCUAGGCUGGCUGAGCAAUACCGACCGUCAGACGGGCCAGACCCACGAGGUCACUCACGACUACGUGACCAAGGCCAAGUACGAGAUUGACGUUGCUGGUAAGAUGUUCACAGCCAGAGCCUCUCUGUACCCACCAAAAGAGGUCCACAAACGGCCACUUCAGAGGUAAAUUCUUGACAAGCCAAACUAUGUCAGGACAAUCGGGGGGGGACACCAUACUGCAUUGUGUUCAGGGAUUUCGUGUCAUUUUCUUGUCGUGUUUCUAGCAGACGUAGUCUCAAUAACCAACGUCAAGAAUGUAUUCUCAAAAGUUUUGCAUCCACUUUGCUAAACCUCUACAAAUAAGCAUUUUUGUGAAAAAAAUACUGUUUGCCGCUGAAAUUUUCAAUUUGUGCAUCCUGAAAUAUUUCAAGCAACUUGAUAAUUUCUAGAUUUUUAUGCAUUUCUUGAAACUGCUUUUUUAAGUUCACUCGUGUAAAUGAGAGUUACCAAGAUGGAGUAUUGGUUUAUUUACAUUUGUGAGAAUGUAUUCAGUGUACACAUCUUUAGGCAGGUAACCACCAGACACUGAGGAAGCCCCAAAUCAUGUUGUCUAUGUAUUGCAAGUGGUUACUGACCAACAGAUAUUGUUUGACAACCAGCUCCCAGGCUCGGUAUUAUUUUUGGCUGGAAAUCUCGAAAUUUUAACACCAACAUGUACCACAGCUUCUUGUCACAAGAUUCCACAGGUGCCCAUAAUUGAGAAAGUAAUUUGUACAAGGUGUGCACAUGUCUUACUGUGACAUCUUUGCUAUGCCCAAGACUAGCAUUUGCUAGGAUAACUCACAGCAGAGUCAGGUUGCCACACACAGUCAGCUUCCUUGGAAGAGUUGGCUCUUAGAAUUGUUCACGUUCACGUAUUAACGGCAACCACUGAGGGCAUAUGUGUGUACAUGUCACCUGUUACGAGGUAUAGGGCCUGCUCUUUCUACAUCAACGUCAUAGUUUUGCUGGCAUCUGGUAAAUCCGUGUCUGGACGUCAGUUUAAAGUCCGUAAACAUAAUUUUCCGUUAAAAAAUCUCAUGCACCGAAUAGUAAAAAAAUACUACUGUAAAUGGAAAUAUAACCCUUUUAAGCAAUGGGAGAAAUAUUACUCUUGCGGUGUAAUUUGAUGCCAACCAAAGGCAUAAUUUCUGCAAAUUUUAGCCACCCUUAGGUGUAGUAGGGAACAGACCGUUAACCGUUUUUCUGCAUAAUAGCUGGCACGACGGGUCUUCAAGGGGGUUGGGUGCUUCUUUCUGAGCGAGCAGUGGUAACAUCAUCAGAUUUGUCAACAUCUCUGUUGACUGCAUUCAGAAGGUGUUUAUAUUCUGUCGACUGGCUAGGCCACUUACCACAAGACUAAAAGUGCUUGCACAAAAUCUGUCACAUGGAGAGGUCAAUUGAUAGGUAGUAUAAUUCUACAUUCCAUCGUAAGAUAGUCUGAAAUUAAUGUGCAGCUGCAACUUUAACGUGCUUAAAUUUAUGCUUUGUCCAAACCCAUAUCGUGUAUCAUAAACAGCACUGAAGUUUCUUUAGCUUAUAGACUGUGUUUGAGCUAAUAUGUUGAAAAAUCAGAAGCCAAAAUGGAAGUUAUAACCUGGCCAUUUUGAUUUGCACAGCAACAAAUUCUUGUGAAAUGCAACUUAAACAACAAAGACUUCCAGGGACCACAGUAUCACGUUGCUCAUUUAAUCUGUUUUAUUAUUCUCAUAGUCAAAUGAUGCUCUACUGAUUUCUAUUGUCGUAAAACUGGAAGCAAAAUAGGACAUUUCUCGUAAGGAGUUUGUCUCAAGGAUUACAAAAUACUGAUGCAGAUGUAGCACACCUAAGCAUACCAUGGAGCUAAUUUAUUUUGUACAACUAAGAACAGUACAGCAAUGGGCUCCGUGCCUGCAUUGAGAACAUAAUACUGGGUACAAAACUAUGUCACACAAGUUGGGGGUGUAUGUUUUAGGUAGACUUUAUUUUGCAGACUGAUUGCUGGUGAAGUGGGUGACUGUGGGUUUUUUUUGUUUUCUUUCCCUGCAGAAAUUUUUCUUGCUUUGCAAUAAAGUCUUACACCUUGAUUAAAUGAAGUCUAUCCUACUUUUUUUUCCAAAUUUUGAGGCUUUAGAGGAUUUGUUUGAUAUGAGGAAAUGAAAGUUCUGAAAUCCAUAGACUUUAUUCAUAGAAAAUUAAUUUUGGGAACUUGAGAGUGGAAAUAAAGAUAAUAAAAUUUCUUGACAAAUUUA